UGCUUCCAUUUCCCCCACCCCACACAAACACAGCAAGCUAGCCAUGGACCUCGCCAUGGCGCUCGCCGUCCUCUUCUUCUGCCUCCUCCUCCUCUCCUCCGCGGCCAUCGCCUUUCUCCUCCUCCGCCACGCCCUCUCCGCGCUCCGCCGCUGCCGCCGGAACACCGACGGCGACAUAGAGGAGGACGCAGGACGACGGCAGCUGCCGCCGCUGUCUCCUCCUCAGCAAGAGCUGCCCUUCUUACCGGCGGUGGACACGACGACGACGAAGCUGUUGCUGCUGUCGGACAAGAAGGAGGAGGGGGAGCCGCCCCGGAAGCUGACGUGGCGGGAGGUGGAGGCGCUGACCGGCGGCUUCGACGAGGCGGCGGUGGUGGGGCGGGGCGGCUCCAGCACGGUCUACCUGGCCGCCAGGUCGCCGGCGGCGCCGGUCGCGGUGAAGGUGCACCGGUGGUGCGGCGGCGAGCGGUGGCUCCGCGCGUUCCGGCAGGAGCUCGACUUGCUCCGCCGCCUCCGCCACCCGCACAUCGUCUCCCUCCUCGCCUACUCCGACGACCACGAGGAGGGAGGUGCACUGGUGCUCGAGUACCUCUCCGGCGGCACCCUCGCCGACCGCCUCCACGGCGGCGCAGCGCCGCCCCUGCCGUGGCGCCACCGCAUGCGCAUCGUCCACGACGUCGCCGGCGCGCUCGAGCACCUCCACGACGGCCUCGGCGGCGCGCCCCCCGUGGUGCACGGCGACGUGUCGGCGUCCAACGUGCUCCUCGACGGCCGUGGCCUGGGCGCCCGGCUCUGCGACCUGGGCUCCGCCUGCGAGGGGUUCUCCGCCGCCGUCGCGCCCACCAGAGCGGCCGUCGGCUCGCCGGGCUACGUCGACCCCUUCUUCCUCCGCACCGGCAUCGUGUCCAAGAAGUCCGACGUCUACAGCUUCGGGGUGCUGCUGCUCGAGGCCAUCACGGGCUCGCCGGCCGCCGGAAUGCCCGGGCCGGACGGCGCCGGCGGCGGCAACCUGACGGCCCGGUUGCUGCCGCGUGUAAGGACGGAGGGAGUGGAGGGGCUCGUCGACCGUAGGCUAGGCGACGACUACGACGCGGCGGAGGCCGGUGACGUGGCGAGGAUCGGCAUCGAGUGCCUGGCGGCGCAGCCGGGGCUCCGGCCGGCGAUGGCGCAAGUGCGGGCGGCCAUCGCGGAGAAGGCGGCGAGGUCCAUCUCCAUUGCUGCAGCAGCUGCUGGUGAUCACAGCGAGCUGCACGGCUCGAACUCCACAUGAUGGAUUUUAUUUUUUAUUUCAUUUUUUUGUAGAUGAUUUACUUAAUUAGCUUUUUUGGGUGUGCUUUACUAUUUGGCAAGGUGAUUAAUUAAUUGUAGGAAACGAUGAACACUGCUCAGAAAAGUACGGAAUUAAAUAGAGUGAAA